AUGGGAGUUUUUUUUAGCAAUCUCAAUCGCUUGCUUUUUACCUAUCGCUCAAAUGCAUAAGUUCAAUUCAAAUAUAUGUAAAUUGAUCUCUUUGCAAAUGAGUCAAUCGUGUCAAGUCACAAGAAUGUACGAUGUAUGUGUGUUGGCACUUGUUUUACAUUUCGCUGCAGUGAAAGCAUGGUGCAAUUAUAAACGUACGGAACACUAGGCGCAACCGGAAAACGAUAUGAUAUAUUGAUAUUUACGCAUAAACAUUAGUUAAAAAUCCAUUAACGAAAAUUGUUUAAUAUAAAAUCGCAAAAAUGCCAUUUGUUUGGGAUGAUUUUGAAUGGAAAUUAGUUGAUGAUGAUGAGCCAUACGACAGAGAACGAUUCGUUGUGGUAAGAACCCUACAUAUUGAAAUAAACAAAUGCCGAAAUACUUUUGACUGGCAAUGGGGUUUGCAGAAAAGUCACGACUACACUUUGCCCAUUCCAGAAUUUUCGGUGAAUGAAAUUCGUCGGCACACCAGAAAAUUCGGUGACAUCAAGGUGCGGAAAUAGUACGAAAUUUCAAAAAUGCCGCGUAUUUUAGUUACAAAAUAAACUCCACUUUACAUUGAUUUGCUAUAUACCUCAGUGGCGCUAGUAUCGUGAAUGGGAGAAAUUGACAGCUCUUCUUCCGAAACCUGGGUGACAUCGAAUCGAUUGAAAUAUUGUCAAAUAAGACAUCGGCGCAUGUGAAAUUUUCCAGCGAUCAUAAUUCGUAUUUGAUGCAAUUACAACAUGAUUUUGAUGUGCAGAUGAAGAGAAAGCAACCGUUUAAAGUUCGUCCGGCGGAUUCAUGGAAACAACCAUCAGAAAAUAUUGAUCAACCACCGACACACGAUUUGGACAACGUUGAACAAACGUCAGAAAUAUUCACCUUGAACGAAGACUGUCUGUUGCGUGUAUGCAAAUUCCUGGAUCUCGACUCGCUCGUCAAUUUGGCCGAUGUGUGCAAAAUGUUCAAGCGAUUAUUGGAUGAGCGAUGUUUCCCGCUUAUUCGGACAUUCAAAUUCAUUAACCAGAACAAAUACGACUGUAACAAUAAUUACGAUCCACUCCUGUUCUCAACGACAUUGGUGAAGAUGCGUCGAGCGUUACGUUGCAUUGGUCCUUACAUCACCGAUCUCACCGUUGAAAGCAAUUGGGAUGACCUAGUAUAUGGUUUGCAAGAUACGAUGUUCGCACACGAUAUUGUCACUAGAUUUUUGGAAGUAUUGCGCGAUAACAUUGGAACCAACGUUCGAACAGCACGCUUGUCUGGCUUUUUCAUCAGUGAAGAUCGUCGAAUCGCAAUAGUUGCACCAAUUCUUCGUGGUUUGGAGGUCUUAGUAUUUGGCAGUUACUUAAUGGGCUAUGCAGCAUAUACGCAUAAGAUCGAUUUCCAAACCAUGUGCCCAGAUUUGAUAGACUUUGAACUGAAGGGAAAUGUGACAAUGCCUCAGUGUGACAAACCAUGGAAAAAUUUGCGACGUUUCGCCGUCAUCGAAAGUAUUCUGCAUGAUUACAGACACGAGCUUCAAUUAUAUUUUCAAUGGAAUCUACAGUUAACGUGCCUGGAAUUUGUGGCGGCUAAUGAGAAGAAGCGAUUUACUCCGUUGAUGAUGGCAGUCAAACACUUACGUAUGGUGGAAAAAAUUAGCAUAUCGAGCUCAGUAGAAGAUGAAUUUGACGAUCCCAUAAAUAGCCAGGACAUCAACAGUUUGCAUGCUUUUCAAUAUUUAACGGAAAUCAGUCUGAUCGAUUUGCAUCAUGAGCAUCUGAAGAGCAUUGUCGAGUGUUUGGCUACAUUUGAUGGGCUACGGAAAAUACAUCUGGAGAGAUUUAAUGGUGGUGAUAUCGAAGGUGAACAAUACUAUGAACAGUCUUUGGUUGUAUUGGCCAAACAGUUUCCACAUUUGGAACAUUUUCGUCUGCAUCGUGUGACGAUAAGCCAAGUAAAUUUGAUUGAAUUUGUUCGAUUCGCCAGUCAGUGGAAGUCACUUACACUCGAUCAUUGUAAAAUAAACUUUUCCGACGAAUUGAUUCAAAAAUUGGCCAACGUGUUGGAAUGCAAUCGACAAAAGCCCAGCAACGCUUUGCUAUUGGAACUAGGCCAGGCCAAUCGUCGUGAAGAUGAGUUCAAGCAUUUGACUGAGAUUGAGAGUGAGUCGGUGCGACAAUACCUCCAAAUAAAGUCGAAAUUUUAUGAGCAUGAUUGUGACAGCCCUCUAUGCCCAUGGUGCAACGUGCCAGUCUUUUAAGCAUUGGAAGGCUGUACCACUACCUUUACAUACCUCAGCAAAUGCACCACACAUAUGAAAUGAAUAAAAACCGAUACAAAUGUAA